AUGACCGACUUAACACCAUUAUUCCGUCAGUGUGUUGACAUCGUUCAGCAAGAGUACAAGACUCAGCCAACCACAGCCAAACAACCUUACUACCUUAACGACACAUUUAUUAAGGAGACGACCGCCUUUUUCCAUGUCUUGACCAACUUGAACCAGUUCAUCAACGAAACCAAAUCAAGUUAUCUAGCCAUAAACGAUGACACGAAACUAGCUGGGUCGAUUGACGACAAAAACAAGAUCGACGAAGAGUUCAAUUACAAGGUCCAGCAAAUGUACAAGCGAUUAAAUCAUUUGGAGACAUACGAAACAAAGAGGCAGUCGUUACUACCAAAGACUAGCGGGUGGUUCAGUUUCCUAGACGAAUCCAACGACCAGGACAUAUACUUUGAGACAUUGGCGAAUCAUCGUAUGCAGAUAUUGCGGUUCCUCAUGGAGACACUCAACCAUGUAAACAAACGCUUUGAAAACAUCCAACAAAAAAGAUUGGCUCGUGAACGACAACUAAACUUGUUAAACUUCCAAAACUUUGAAGACGGCGAGGAGUUGGAGGAUGUGUUUCCCACACUAGACCAAAUCCAGCAAGUACCAGAACUAUCCCAACAACAAAUCCAACAACUUGAAACGGAAAACCAGGAAUUUCUCAAUAUGAAAACUAGCCAAUUGAAACAAGUCGAAAAAGUGCAGCAGUCAAUACUCGACAUCGUCAACAUCCAAAACGAAUUGGCAUUUAAGCUACAAGACCAGGGCCAACAGAUCGAGUCGUUGAUGGACUCACAUGCUGAUGUUCAAACAGAAGUCCAAAUGGGGAACCGGACAUUAAGUCAGGCUACGAAAAAGAAUAAAAGAGGUGCUAAUAUGUUGGUCAUGCUAUGUAUAGUACUAGGUGUGUUAUUAGUGUUGGUAGACUAUGUAUCAUUCUGA